GAGCGAGCAGGGCCCUCUCGCUUACGAAAUCCGCCAACGCGCUCGUGCUCCGCUUCGCCGAAAAGUCAAGGCUCUUGUCAAGGAUGUACGACGGAGCGUAUGGUCGGUGUCGGAAUGCUCGAGAUAUCUUUCCCAUUAAGGUGGCGACUUCCGCGAAUUUGGCCUUUGUAAGCCCAACUUGGGCGAUGGUUGCCGAAACGUUGAUGGUGGAGCGCCUUAAGGAGACCGGACAAAAAGUUCAAAUCCACACCGAAAUUAUGGAGAAGAGGUGUCGGCUCGCUCUUACUUUCGGAGGAGGAUCUUCGGGCAUCGAGGUCUCGACACUCGACGACUCGGAUGGGAACGACGACGAGAAGAGGCGAACGAGGAGGCGGCGGCACGCGAAGGAGAUCGCAGCGGAAGCGGCGACACGAAGAGGAGGAGGCGGCGAAACAAGAGAAGGAAGAGACGUGAGUUUCGGCGGUUCUACGGGCAAUGUCUACGCGUGUGUGCAGUGCCGCGUGACAGUGCACGUGGACAAGGGUGAGACAGUGCGCGGUGCAGUACGACAGGCAGAGAGGGGAGAAGGGAGGAGGAGAAGGAAGAAGAAGAAGAAGAAGAAGAAGAAAAAGAAGAAGAAGAAGAAGAAGACGAGGAAGUGCGGCAAAGUAACGAAAGGUGAAGUAAACACACACGGGAACGUGAGGAAGCGAGGAAGCGAGAGAAGAGGCGGAAGUGUGUGACGGAGGGGAAGAAAAGAGACAGCAAGGAAGACUUUUCUUCGCGAGCGAGCGCGCGCGCGCGCGCGCGCACGCUCGUCGACGCCGAGUAUGCCGUGUGACGUCGCGGCGUCGCGAGUCUCACGGAUUGAACGGCUGAUCGAAUUUUUGAAAUAGGGGAAUACGCGCCGGCCCGCGUGUGUGUACGUACCAUAUGUGUACGGGCGUGCGUGCGUGCGUGCGUCGUAACUGUUGCACGGAAGAAGAAUCGUCAUCGUCGUCAUCGACGUCGUCCUCGCUCGGCCAGGCCGGCCCGGUGAAUCGAAUCGCCGCGCCGCCGGUCUAUCGACUACCGUCCGCCGCGGGAAAACUUGAGAUCCGGUUUGCUUUCCACCGCUGACGUCAUUACCGGUGAGUCACUUCUUCCGCCGUCUAGUGAUUCGUUUCUUCGCUUUCUUCUUUGCCGUCUCCUUUGGCGUUGGAUAUGUGUGUGGUUUAACGCGUGACCGAGAAACAUUGAUUAAUUCAUUUGAAGACAAUCGGCGAGUUUCAGAUUCCCUCGUUGAACCAAGCCAAACGGCCGGCGAUCGAAGAAAGCAAAGAGAAAAAAAAGGAAGGAAGGAGAGGCAAGAACAGGGUGUUUGUCU